GGGGAGAGUAUUUUGUAUUUUGACAAUGGCGGAAGCGCGGGUUGAAAAUGGAGCAUGUGCGGCAGAACCCAAAGUUUCUGCUCAACAAACGUCUGAUCCAAGCGGUUCUACACAGACUACGGGCGCCAAACCCACCUGUAUCCUGGUGCUGGGCAUGGCAGGGUCCGGGAAGACCACGUUCGUGCAGAGACUGAACGCGCACAUGCACGCACAGAAAAGCCCGCCCUAUGUCAUCAACUUGGACCCUGCCGUGUAUGAGAUUCCGUAUCCAGCCAACAUAGAUAUCCGAGACACCGUGAAGUAUAAAGAAGUGAUGAAACAGUACGGCCUGGGUCCUAAUGGUGGGAUCAUCACGUCACUCAACCUGUUCGCUACACGCUUCGACCAAGUCAUGAAAUACGUGGAGAAGAGAGCAAACCAGUACAAACAUGUCAUCCUGGACACCCCAGGCCAGAUCGAAGUGUUCACCUGGUCUGCGUCUGGUUCCAUCAUCACGGAGUCUCUGGCGUCGGGGUUCCCCACGGUGGUGGUGUAUGUGAUGGACAUCGCUCGCAGCGUCAGCCCCGUCACCUUCAUGUCCAACAUGCUGUACGCCUGCAGUAUCCUCUACAAGACCAAACUCCCCUUUAUCGUAGUCAUGAACAAAAUCGACAUCGUGAACCACUCCUUCGCCGUCGAGUGGCUCACGGACUUCGAGGCGUUCCAGGAUGCGCUGGCGCAGGAGGAGUCAUACGCCAGUAACCUGACGCGGUCGCUGAGCCUGGUGUUGGACGAGUUUUACGCUAACUUGAGAACGGUGGGGGUGUCGUCAGUGACGGGACAGGGGAUGACAGAGUUCCUACAGGCGGUGGAGAGUGCAGCUCAGGAGUACCAGACUCAGUACAGACCUGAGUAUGAGAGGUUGAAGCAGGAGAAGGCAUCAGCUGAGCAGCAGGAGAAACAGAAACAGCUGGACAGACUGAGGAGGGACAUGGGGGAGGGGCAGGCUGUUCCCAUGGAAACAGCCACGCCCGUUAGACCUGAUGCCACGCCCAGCCACUCCAAGGCUCCUGAGGUCAUGUUGACAAAAGAUCCUGAUGAGGAUGAUGACCUUGACAGUGAUGACCUUGAUGAUGAGAUGACAGAGAGGAGAGAAGAAGCUGCCUUCAAGGCCUUCCUGGAGAGUCAGAGGGCUCAUCCACAGAACAAAUCAGACAAGUCAUGAACAUUAAAACUUCCAGUUGGUUUAUAA